GUUGACGGUAACUGGUCAGCUUGGACUCAGUGGUCUUCCUGUGACGCCACGUGCGGGAACAGUUCACAGUCUCGGUCUCGGACAUGCACAAACCCGACACCAACAGCAAACGGCAUUUAUUGUGCUGGGAAAGAUACAGAUAUUACAGUCUGUCAAUUGCCUGAAUGUUUAGUUAACAGCAGUGACAAUAUUAGUCAUCAUGUGAGUUUUUCCGCAAGACUUUCGAAAAGGGCUCCGGCAGUAAACCAAGAUAAACGUGUAGUUUUUAACGAGGUUACGACUAAUAAUAUGAAUGGAUAUGACAGUAGAUCGGGUAUAUUCAAAACCCCAGCGAGUGGUGUUUAUCUUUUUACGUAUUUCAUACAAAUUACCGACGCUUAUGGGGAAGUAGAACUGAGAGUGGAUAAUAAAUCAGUCAGUGCCACCACUCUAUAUGGUAUAACUACAGAGAUAAACAUGUAUGGUAGUCACAAUUAUUUUGCAUUCACCAAUACAAAAUUAAACCAAACAGAAAACACAAUCAUGGACGACAUAAAAUGUUUUAGAGGAGAUUACAGUGCUUAUGGUGAUAACAAUAACAUUGAAUUUAAACUAGAUAUCAAAAAUUGUCCAUUUGAAAGUGAAAUAAAAACGACAGGCGGUAAUUCAGUAGUGAUUUUUGUCCAUGCAGGAAGUAAAGUAUGGGUUCAAAAUUCAGGGAGACUGCCCAUUCACAUUCAGCCAGAUGGUACUUCAUUCACAGGAAUUUUACUGGUCAAAAAUUAAAAAUUAUCAUUUCGUAAUUAUUUACGGGGUGCAAAAUUAAAGCUGUCAACUCUUACUCAUCAAUCGAAUAUUGAAAUGAGCUAAUUUUAGAGUUAUUUGUUGCCGGACUUUUAAAUAAAAUCAACUACAAACUUAAAAGCGAAAUAACGGCACUGUGUUCAUUGUCUUUAUUACAGAAUUAAGAAUACAUAGAACAUCACCAUCAUUUAUCAAUCCAGAUGUUUACUCGUUUUUUAUCCAAGAUAGAGAAUGUGUCAAUGCCUGCUUUUGUCAAUUAAUCAACUGCUUUCUUUAUGUUCUUUUUUCUUACUGAAUGAAAAGUACGAAUGUUAAUAUGCUAAUUGUUGUAUAUAAAUCACUAGACAAUGCGGACAUGUGUGUUUGUUUUAAUGCCAUAUACUUCGUAUC